CGGGGGGACGUGGUUUCUCGGGAAUCAGAAAUGCAGCUUCACAUAUCUCCGAGCCUGAGGCACGUAACGGUGCUUCCCACCAAAGGCGUGAAGGAGUUCAUCAAGUUCAGAAUUGUGUCCAGACGGGUGUCCUUUCGCGUGGUCUUCUACUCCCUCCUGCUCUUCACGUUUCUUCUCCGGUUCGUGUUCUUGUUGACGGCUGUGGACACCAUUGACGGAGAAAGCAAGUGUUCAGGCAUAGGUUGCUUUGGAAGAAAAAUACGACCGAGUAUUUUAGGAAGGCAGCUUGAAUCAACGCUCCCAGAAGUGAUAUACAGUGUAUUGGAGGAACCAGCAAACGAAACCGAGAUACAAGUUGGACCAGAAACACCUCAGACCCUCGAAGACUUAAUUGCAGAAUUCAAAGGUGAUAGACCCGAUGCAAAGACCUUUGCAGUCAAGCUAAAAGCUAUGAUCAAUUUCCUUGAGCAAACAACUAGAACUGCAAAAAUCCAAGAGUACCUGUAUCGCCACGUGGCAUCCAAUAGCAUCCCUAAACAGCUGCACUGCCUUUCGCUAAUGUUAGCAAAUGAGCACUCGAGCAAUGCUAAUGCUCGUCUCCAGUUACCAUCACCGGAGCUUGUCCCUGCCCUUGUUGAUAACUCGUUCUUCCAUUUCGUUCUGGCCUCUGACAAUGUUCUUGCUGCCUCUGUUGUUGCUUCAUCACUAGUCCAAAACUCAUUGCACCCAGAAAAGUUUGUGCUUCACAUAAUCACAGACAAAAAAACUUACUCCCAAAUGCAGGCAUGGUUUUCCUUGCAUCCUUUGACACCUGCAAUCGUUGAGGUUAAAGGGUUGCACCAUUUCGAUUGGUUCACAAAAGGGAAAGUUCCGGUUUUGGAAGCAAUGGAAAAAGACCAAAAAGCACGGUCCCAGUUCAGGGGAGGUUCUUCUGCCAUUGUGGCAAAUCAAACUGAAAAACCUCGUAUUAUUGCUGCAAAGUUGCAAGCACUCAGCCCUAAGUACAACUCACUGAUGAAUCACAUUCGGAUUCAUUUGCCAGAGUUGUUUCCUAGUCUGAACAAAGUGGUCUUCCUUGAUGAUGACAUAGUGGUUCAAACUGAUCUUUCACCUCUAUGGGACAUUGACAUGAAUGGAAAGGUGAAUGGAGCAGUGCAAACCUGCAGAGGGGAGGAUAAGUCUGUGAUGUUUAAGCACUUCAAAAGUUAUCUCAACUUUUCUCACCCUCUAAUAGCAAAAAAUUUCGAUCCUAAUGAAUGUGCAUGGGCAUACGGCAUGAACAUCUUCGAUCUUGAGGCAUGGAGAAGAACUAAUAUAAGUCAGACAUACCACCACUGGCUUGAACAGAACUUAAAAUCAGACCUGAGUUUGUGGCAACUAGGGACAUUACCUCCGGGCCUAAUCGCAUUCCACGGCCAUGUACAUGUCAUUGAUUCCUUCUGGCACAUGUUAGGUCUUGGCUACCAGGAUAAUACAAGCAUUGCAGAUGCUGCAAGUGCGGGUGUUGUCCACUUCAAUGGCAGAGCAAAACCCUGGCUAGACAUAGCAUUCCCACAACUCCGAUCAUUAUGGACCAAGUAUGUCAAUUUCUCGGAUACAUUCAUUAAAAGGUGUCAUAUAACGGCAUCAUGAGUUUGGUUCAGGAAGGACUAUCUCGAUCUUCAGCUUUCAUAGAGGAGAAGAAUCCAGGGAAUCAUUUUUGAAAGCAGGGGCAACAGCUCCUGAUAUGAGUAUAUGAGAAGAAAGCUGCCCCCGGACUUACGUUUUGUCAACUGGUCUUCCUUCACUACAAGCACCCAAAGUUGUCUUCUUUAUUGUAUAAAUGCAUGGUUGGUUUUAAGAUUAUCUUAGGAUGUCUGAAUUUUUUCUCAAUAUGUAUCUUCGUCAAAGAAAUCCCAAUGCAAAUAUAUUAAGAAAAAACUAUAUUCAACUUGAAGAAUUCAAAAUUUUCAAAUUUUCAAA